GUAAAAGCUUUGUGAAGAUUGUACUUGAGUUCAGUCCCUGCCCUCAUUCCAUGGAUUCAGCAUGUUUUUUGAUCACUCCUCAUCAGUGACUGUGCCUCAUCCACAAUGCCAACGGCAACGCCGGCGCUCCACAAGAGAAUCCGUGAAGAGGUUCUUUAGGGACUUGGUAAGCAGUAAGCCUCCACAGAGAAACUGGAAAGGAAUAUUUAUCACUUUGUUGGUCAUUCUCAUCAUCUUCUCUUUAAUCGUCACCUCUGUCAUCCUCCUCACACCAGGUGAAGACCCUCUGGCCUCAAAGAAGAAAGUGACAGUUGAAGAUGUCUUUAGCAAGGACUUUAAAAUUCAUAACCCUGAUGCUAAAUGGAUCAGCGAUAAUGAACUCCUGUAUCGAACUAGUGAAGGUGACGUAGUGAAGCGCAGUGUGGAGAAGAAUAAAACCACAGUGCUGGUGCCCAACAGAAAGUUUGAAAUGUAUAACGCCAGUAGAUAUGAUGUUUCUCCAGAUAUGAAGAAUGUACUGCUGGCAUACAACAAACAGCAGGUUUAUCAGCACUCGUUCACUGCGUACUACAUCAUCUGUAGUCUGGAGACACCGGAAACAUGGAUUCUUAAUCCCCCAGAGGUGCGGAAUGCUCGUCUUCAGUAUGCAGGAUGGGGACCCAAGGGUCAGCAGCUGAUUUUCAUAUUUGAGAAUAACAUCUACUACAGAGCCACUGUCGAGAGCCGAACCAUCCGUCUGGUUUCCACAGGCAAGGAAGGAGUGAUCUUCAAUGGUAUCUCUGAUUGGCUGUAUGAGACAGAGAUCUUCGAAACACAUAUCGCCCACUGGUGGUCUCCUGAUGGUGCCCGGUUGGCGUAUGCCACCAUUAAUGACACUUUAGUGCCAAGGAUGAAGCUGCCAUUCUUCACUGGAUCAUUGAACCCACCUGGGAGAAUGUACCACUAUCCUAAAGCAGGAGAGAAAAACCCAGUGAUUUCUCUGUAUGUGGUGAACCUGAAUGGCCCUUUACACACCAUCCAGAUGAGGAGACCAGACGACCAGAGGAUUCGCGAGCAUUACAUAACGAUGGUGAAGUGGGUGACGAGCAUGCAGCUGGUGGUGAGCUGGGUAAACCGAGCACAGAACAUCUCUAUUCUGACUCUGUGUGAGGCCACGACCGGACUCUGUACCAAGGAACAUGAGGAUGAGAGUGAAAACUGGCUGCAACGACAGAAUGAAGCUCCGGUGUUCUCUAAAGAUGGACUAAAACUCUUCUUCACUCGUGCCGUCCCUCAGGGAGGCCAGGGCAAAUUCUUCCACGUCUCAGUGUCUGUAUCACAGCCAAACAACACCUCUGAUUCCCUGCAGUUUAUCACAUCAGGAAACUGGGAUGUUACUCAGGUUCUGUCCUACGAUGAGGAAAACCAGUUAAUAUACUUUUUAAGUACAGAGCGCGAUCCUAAACGGCAACACCUGUACAGUGCAGAUACGGUCAGUCCCUUCAACCGGCGUUGUCUAUCCUGUAAUUUCACUGAUAGCUGUGGAUAUGUGAGCAUCUCCUUCAGCCACAACAACAACUACAUUCUACUUACAUGUAGAGGUCCUGCUGUUCCAUUUGUGUCCAUCUACAGAACUCAGGACAGACGAAAGCUGUUGGAUAUUGAGUUAAACCUGGACCUCCAAAAAACUGUGAACUCCACGCAGAUGCCCAGUAUAGAGUACGAAGAAAUUAAAGUUAAAGAUUACACUCUGAAACUGCAGAUCCUAAAACCUGCUGGAUUCAAAGAUACGUUACAGUACCCACUACUUCUGCUCAUUGAGGGGACUCCAGGAGGUCAGUCUGUGUCGGAGCAGUUUCAGGUGGACUGGACCACUGUGUUGGUCAGCAGUUUUGGUGUGAUCGUUGUGAGGUGUGUUGGACGUAGCAGCGGAUUUCGAGGCACAAAUCUCCUUCAUGCAGUGCAGCACAGACUGAUCAAGCUUGAUGAGGAGGACCAGCUAAAGAUCCUCAGCUUUUUAGCAGAGAAGCCUUACAUUCACAAAACCAGGAUUGGCGCUUUUGGCCAGGUGUAUGGUGGGUACAUCACCAGCCUCCUGCUCAGCUCCGAUAAUUCGAUGCUGAAGUGUGGAGCUGUUCUCUCACCCAUCACUGACUUCCAGCUGUACGCAUCUGCUUUUUCAGAACGUUAUCUGGGAUCUCCAAAACUAAACAGACGAGCAUAUGAGAUGAGCAAUCUCUCACACCAAGCAUCUCAAUUUGGGGAUAAGAAGUUGUUGAUCGUUCAUCCAACUGCAGACGAAAAAGUUCAUUUUCAGCAUACAGCUAGAUUCAUCUCCAGUUUAAUUAGUGAGAAGAUGAACUACUCACUACAGAUCUAUCCAGAUGAAGGUCACUUCUUCCACAGUGAGGCAGCAAGAAAGCACCUCAGCCAGUCUCUGGUUAACUUUUUUGAAGAGUGUGUCAGGCUUCCAGAAGCUGAAGAUUUGAAGAGAGAAGUUGAGAAUAAGAGUUAAUACAACUUGACUUAUAAUUGUCCAAAGACAAAUCCAGCUUAAUUUGCAGAAUGGUCUGCAACCUGCUGUUAAAACCAUUUUUUCUAUUCAUCAGUUUGAUGUAGCAGGUUCCCAUUCUGUACUGGUGGCCUGCACAAAGAAAUACUAUUGACAGGAUUAACAAAAAUGUAAUUUGUCAGAAUUUGGACACAGUUUCAUAUGAUUUCAGGUUAAUGUAAAAACUGAUCAUAGCUAUGCAUUAGCCCAGUUUUUUUUUUGCAAGACCUCCUUCCACUCAUUAAGGUGGAAGACAAAUUCAUAACCUACAAAAAAAAAAACAUCAGCUCUUAAUUGUCCACGCAAGAAGUAGCCCCACUAUUCAAUGUUCAAUAUUUAUUGUAGUUUGGUGCAUGUGUGCAUGUCAGAAUGUUUUGUAAAUAAACUAAACUUUCUAUUUUGUAUAUUUUGAUUCUUAAUGUCUGACAAUGUUUUAAUUCUGUUUUUGAUGGGAUUGGCUAAAGAUGAUGAUGUAUGACUUUUGUAGAUGAUUUAUGCAGUUGUUCUACAAAUCUUUAUGUACCCUCAGUGUCAUGCAUGUGUACCUCUUGCCCUUAAUAAAAGACCUUUAUUGAAAA